AAUUUAUCUAGAUUUUUAAUUGCACCUAAUUAUACUUAAAAAUUACAAUUUUUUUUUGCAGAUUACUAUACAUUGAUAUGACUGAUGCAAAUGGCCAAUUUUUAGUUGAAGAUGAUGAAUUAUUAGCUUCUGUAUUAGUAGAAAGUUUAAGACAUUAUAAUGAAGUGGAAGUACCGUUACGGUCUAUUGCUGUUCAAGAAGUACCAUUUAUACCACCUACACAGUCUAUUGUCGAGGAUGAAGUACCACAACAGUCUAUUGGCACAAAUUCUGUAAAUAAAUUAAGUAGGGUUGCACCACCAUUAGUAAUAGACUUGUGUCAAUCACCUAAGAAGACUGCAGUUGUACAAAGUAGAUUAUCACAUUUUUUUACAAAACCUAAAAGUGAUAAAAUAUGUGAUGAGAAAACUAAUAGUGUACCUGAAAAUCAAACUAACACAUUAUGUAUAGAAACAAAUUCAUUACCAAUACAGAAUGACGUCAGCAUUAUUAGUUCACAAGCGAUUUUUUAUAAAGAACCGGAUGCGAAUGGUUUUCAUUUAUCAUCUGGUUCACAUUAUGUAUACCCCUCAAAUUUUCCAGUCAGAGAAUAUCAAAUGGCAAUCAUCAAAACAGCUUUAUUUCAUAAUACUCUAGUCAGCUUACCUACAGGCAUGGGGAAAACAUUCAUAGCUGCUGUGGUCAUGUACAACUUUUAUCGAUGGUAUCCUAUGGGUAAAGUAAUAUUUAUGGCGCCGACAAGACCAUUGGUUGCCCAACAAAUUGAAGCAUGUCACUCGAUUAUGGGUAUUCCUAGGGAUAUGACAUUUGAAAUGACUGGCAAUAUCCCACCAGAACAAAGAUAUUUAGCAUGGAAUAAAUAUAGAGUCUUUUUUCUUACGCCCCAAGUUCUGGCUAAUGAUUUGAGCCUUAACAAAUGUCCAUCAGAUACAUUCAGAUGUAUUAUUGUUGACGAAGCACAUCGAGCUACUAAAGACUAUGCUUAUGUUCAGGUCUUAAAGCAUUUAGCCGAAGAAAACCGAGUUAUUAGAAUUGUUGGGUUAUCAGCUACUCCUGGAACUAAUAUAGAUGCGGUCACUGAGGUGAUUCAAAAUUUAAGUAUAUCAAAGUUAGAAUUCAGAACUGAUGAAUCCCCUGAUGUAGCAAAGUAUACAAAUAAAAAGGAUGUUGAAUGCAUACCAGUAAAACUUACAAAUAGUAUUUUGGAGAUACGCACUCAGUUUUUAAAGAUAUAUGACAAAUACUUAAGACGUUUAAAGCAAUAUCAUGCACUCAAUGGAAAUGUUGCUAAUCUAACAAAAUUUCAAAUACUCAGUGCCAAACAAAAAUUUGUAACUAGUAAUAUUGCCCGUGAAAUGCCAAAAUCUCUUGUUGGAUGUUUAAUUAAUGAUUUUACUAUUUGCAUGUCAUUGGCAUAUGCUUUAGAGUUGUUAACUAUUUAUGGUGUCAAAGUAUUUUAUUUACAAUCGUUAGAAAUCAAAGAAAAUCAUAAAUGUUUAUCAAAUGAUGCCGAUUUUCAAAAUCUUUUGCAUAGUAUUAACAAUGAACUGAAUUCUCAGGACUUAGUUUGGAGUCAUCCCAAACUAUUCGAGUUGAAAAAAAUUGUUCAAAAUUAUUUUGGCAACACCAAUGUAGAAGCGAGUAGUAAGAUAAUAAUAUUCUGCCAGUAUCGGUUGGUUGUUGUAGAAGUAUUUGAACUUUUAAAAACUUUUGGUUCAUCUGUAAAACCAGUCAUGUUUGUUGGGCAAUCUCUUAAGGAAAAAGGUGGUCUGCCACAAAAAAAACAAUUGGAGGUGAUGAGCCGAUUUAAAAGUGGAGAUUUUAAUGUCUUAAUUGCUACAAGUGUAGCUGAAGAAGGCUUAGAUAUUGGUGAAGUUGACCUGAUCAUUUGUUUGGAAGCUAAUAAAUCUCCAAUUAAAUUUGUCCAAAGACUCGGCCGAACUGGACGUAAAAGAUCAGGCAAAUGUAUUACUUUACUGACUGAAGGAAAAGAACAAAUUAAAUACAAUUCUAGUGUUUCUUCUAGCAAAACACUUGUAAUGAAAAUGUUGAAAAGCAAAGUAUUACUUUCAAAGUUGGCUCCUAAUGGACCGAGAUUGGUGCCAAAACAUAUCCAUCCAAAAUGUUUAAUGAUUCAUGUAAAAAAACCAGAAGAGUUGUUCCCAGAAAAGAAAAAACUUAAAGGCAAGAAAAAAGGAGUUGAAAAUAUUACGCGAUAUGUAGAACCGAAUGAUGGUCAAAAUGAAGUAGAUGAAGUUGGAGAAGACGGACUCGAUGUUUUUCAAAAUAAUAUAGAUAAACCAAAAAGAAGAUCUAAAAAACGAAAAACUGUAGAAUUGGAUACAAAUGAUAAUGAUUGUAGGGAAGUCGUCGGGUUGUCCAAUGCCAAAAAUACAAACGUAGAUUGCGAACACAAUUUGAAUGAUAAUGAUAAUUUUAACACACCCGACAUCAACGCACACGGUGAAAUGGACAGGACUUUAGACUGUUUCGUUGAAGAGGAAAAACUGUUUAACGAAUGGCUGCAGUCGUGUGUUCAGACCAAAGCCAUAGUGAUGAAUAGUCCGUUUUUGGAACUGUUAAAUUUGUUUACUGAUCAUGAUCAAUGUGAUAAUGAACUUUUUAACAGUGAACCAACGAAUAACAUGUUUAUGGAGCAGACCAAUGUUGGUCAAAUGUUAAAAGGUUUGCCAGUCAGUGAAGAGCGCAUGAUCCGCGUAAACGAUCAGCCAAAGAGAAACGCCGAUCGUUCUUUCCGAUUGAGCGAUAAUGUACGACCAGGUUGUUCACAGGUAGCCAGUACAUCUGCAGUUCGCGAUAUAAAUGGCUACACGAAGAAUGCAGACCUUGAAGACAUAUCUAAAGAGCACAUUAAUCAGACUAUUAAUAUGCAGCCGAUCGGUAUGCGAUCUUCCGCAAUUUAUAGCAGUAACCACAAGACAACAACCGACGAAAAUAGCCAUUUGGGUAAACUAGAUUUCAACAAUCUGUUUCAAAGUCAACAGGCUAACAGGUACACUGAUAAUUUCACGGAAAGGAAUACGGAUCUCCUUGCAAAGCCGCUGACUAUAGAAGACGACGAUAGUAAUCGUUCGACCGAACUUUUACACUACGAAGAUGAUGAUAGUAAUCGUUCGACCGAACUUUUAAAUUACGUAGACGACGAUAAUUCUUCAGCUACAAGAACCGUCGUACGAGACGUCGACGAAGAUGAGGAUGACGAAGUCAUGGGAAAUCUUGAUUUCGAAGAAUUAUUCAAGAGCCAAAGGGCUGACAAGUUCAUCGAAAAAUAUAGCGAAGAAAUUACCACUGAAAAACCAAAAGUCAAUAAUUUGGCGGUCACAUGUAGUAAAAAAACCGAGAUGAGCCAUAAAGGAAAAAUAGACUACAGUGUAUUGUUUAAAAGUCAAAGAUCGAACGGGUACAUCGAAGACUUCAUGGUUAGGGACACAGAAUCUUGUAUUGGUCCGUCAAAUGCAGACAAUAAAGUUGUACGUCACUUUAACGACGAAGUCAAUGAUGAUCAUUCAAUUGCGGACAUCGAAAAAAAAGCCAUUGUACGUGACAAUGACCAAGAUGAAGACGACGAAAUUUUGGGGAAUAUUGAUUUUGAAAAACUGUACAAGAGUCGAAAAUCCGACAUCUGUAUAGGAAAAGAAAUCGCUGCUGGAAGACAAAACGUCGAUGGAUCGAUCGCCAACGAUGGCCGGAAAAGUCCCAUCGUGUGUGGCAGUGGACAGAAGGCCGGGACAUCUGGUUGCCAGUCAAUUGGAAAAAUUGACUACAGUGUUUUAUUCAAGAGCCAAAGAUCCAACGGGUACAUCGAAGACUUUAUGAUAAGGAACACGGGAGUUCGAGUCCCGAGUGCUGUCGAUCCUGAUGUACUCCACAACGACGAUAAGGAUGAAGACGAUGAAGUGAUGGGAAACCUUGAUUUUGAACAACUUUUUAAGAGUCAGAAGCUCGCCAUGGGUAUGGAAACGGGUGGAAGCGAUAGAAUAUCCGCUAAACAACCGAACGUCGGCCGAUCGAUGGAAAACGGUAGUCGGAAGAGUCCCAUUGCGUGUGGUGGCGGGCAAAAGGCGAAAACAGUCGGACGUUCUGGUAAAGUUGAUUACAGCGCUCUGUUCAAGAGCCAACGGUCCGAUGGGUACAUUGAAGACUACGCUGAAAAGAUUGUAGUAAAAACGGCAAAUGAAAAGGUCGGCGUAGCAGACCGUUUGCUGGGUUCGGAUGUCCCGCAGGUCCUUGACCUCGACGAAAACGAUAACGACGACGACGACGUUAUUUCUAUAAAAAGUUCUCCAGAAUUUUUCAGUUGCAAACCGCCAAAGAAGGUCGUUCAGAUGAAACUGACGGGCCAUGUUCGCGCCAAUCGCUCCUGCGAAAUUAUCGACUUGUUGUCGCCACCUCCACCGAGGUCGUCAACACCACCACUGAGGUCGUCGCCACCACCACCUAGGUCGUCUCCACCGCCCCCGAGAUCGUCGGGUACCGCAAACAUGCCCUCCGCCUGUCGACCGAUUUCAGAAGACAGAUUGCAGACUAACGGUGUCGCAACGACACGUGUCGGCGGCAAUGAUUUGCUGCAGUUGCUUGACGAUGACGAUGACAUGGAUUUUAUGUUCAUUGAUUACAACAGCGAAGGUAACGCUGCCGCAGACGUCUUUACGCAAAAACACCCGGAUGGAGACGUUUUCGCACAGAAACAGCGGGACGGCUAUGGUGACACGAAAUUUGUUGCACAAAAACUAACGGAUGACGGUGGGACGAAGACGGAGACCCGAUUACCGUUACCGCCCGUUGCUCCGGUAGCUAAACCGACGAUUAAGGACGACGUGACAAAACGUGUCGGUCAUUCUACACAAUCGUACGACAACGGCAUGAUGCCGUUCAACAUCAUGAAAGCUGCUCGUCUUGUCGAUCGGCUCAAGCCCGGCUUGAGCAUGAAGAGGAGUACAACGACGGCGGCAUCAAAACGACCGGUCGACAACGGUUCGACGUCGAUGGCUUCUAAACGACAGGUGGACAACGGGUCGACAGCGACGGCGUCUAAACUACAUGUGGACAAUGGGUCGACGGCGACGACGUCUAAACGACAGGUGGACAACGGCUCGACGACGCCUACGUUCAGACGGAAGUUCGACAACGGUUCAAUGGCGGCGUUGGCGUUCAAAAGAAAAAUCCAAAGUCCAGCUAACGACAUGUCACCCAUACAUCCCCCGAACGGGCCACGGCGACGUCCUCAGUUCUCGCAGUCUACUCCUAAAGUUUCCACGCAUCCCAAACAACGACGACGAGAAAUCGACACCGCUGCUGCGACUACGGUCACUGCCGCCAGCGAAACGGUCAACUCUAUGUUGACGUCCAGCAGUGAUUCCGACGCUUUCGUCGGCCACGGACGCGACAAAAAGACGACCAGCCCGCCCCGCCGAGUUAAAAAAAAACGACGAGCGAAACCGAAAAAGAAACUCUUGUUCAUCGACGACGAAGCUGAUGUCAGUAAUUGCUUCGGUGAAGGAAACAUCCUCAGCACGACUAGCUCUGAAAACGACGACGACGACGACGAUGAGCAAAAUGAUUUUGAUUCCAGUUUCAUCGAUGAUGACUACGAAAAGUCAGAUCCGUCUAAGAGCAUGACCAAACAAUAUUUACAAUCGGUCAAGGAUCAGGCUAAUGCUCGUGGAGUGUUCAAGAUACCUCAGCUGACUGGACAUCAUUACAACAUCGACGUUUACUCUCAGAUGGAUGAUCGGAAUAUGGAUAAUGACUACGAAGAGGAUUCGUUUUGCGUGGAAGACGCUUCUGACUUAAACAACACUUCGUCGACGACCAACACGAGCGCGCAUCGGACGUCGGACGAACGGCCGUCCAAGCCGCCGCCCUCAAGGAAGCGGAAACGCAUAAUGUCGCCGCAGAGUACGGACAGCAGCGACAGUUCCGACGACCUGCUGUUCCCUCGGAAGCGCGGCAAAGUGAAGACUUCGUUGGACUUCAGUUGAUGAUCGCAGUCGGACUACUAAUUUUGUACACAACCACCGUCCACCGUUUUGAUUCGCCAUUUUUUUUUUAUCUAUUAUUUUUAUUUUUGUGCAACUUUAUUACAUCGUAGCGUUUUUUGUCCUAUCGUUCAUUGUGCGCCUUACUGAUACGAUAUACUUGUCCGUGAUCUCGCCUGAUAGUUUAUUUACGAGUCACGGUCGCGACUGACAGUAGCGUAUCGCUAUCGGUUGUUCAUUUUAUUUAUUAAUUUUUUUCAUUAGCCUAUAUUAUACUUAUAUACACUGCCAUUAUAUACCUUCAUACAUGUUUAUAAUAUGAUUUUUUUUGUUUAUAUAUUAUACGUAUUUAAUUGUUAAAUAUUUAUUUGUGAUAACCAACAGAAUAUUGGAAAACGGUUACUCAAACGUUACGUUUUGAUCAUCAAAGUUUUAAUGUGAUAAUAAAAAUGAACUUAAAAAGUGACAA